CCUCAAAUCAUAUUAAUCUCUCUCUCUGUCUCUCUCGUUAUAUAUGGCACAUGCAUGAAGAGUCUGAGGAAGAAAACAAAGUCCACAACCACGCUCGGUAUCCUCUCUCUGGCUUCAGAAUCGAAACCUUAAUGGAUUCCUCAUCAACAUGUCUCGGGACUCGACCUCGUUCUGUCCGUAAAGAGUGCGAACCCAGCAACAACAUCAACCCCAAUUCAUCGUAUCCAUCGAAAUCACCACCCUCUUCCUCGUCUUCUCGCAGAAGAAGCCCUUCCUUCUCUUCCUCUUCCUCUCUUUCCUCGUCUUCCUCCCUCGGAUCUUCCCAGUUCCCCGAGGAGCUCUCGUUCAGCCCUGGCACGCCGCUCCGUCUCUCCGGAGUCCCGUUUUCAUGGGAAAAGAUCCCGGGGAUUCCCAAGAAGCAGAGCUCCAGGAGAUCAAGAGAUUGUCCGUCUUCCCUGAGCAGCAAUCUCCUCCCAUUGCCGCCUUCCGCUACUCCACCGUCGUCGAAGCGAUACACCAAUGAAGAAGUCAGGCUGAAGAAGAAGGUCCACGGCGCCGCAGCGGUGGCGGAGAGGUACCAGUGGGACCCAUUCGUGGCGGCAUUAGUCGAGUGCUCGAAGGACCACGACCAAGCUCAAGAUGCAACUACCGAUAACGGAAAUAAUAAGCUCUGGACGGGCACUAAGGUCUCCAGGAGCAUAGGCGACCGGUUCGGACUCAUUGGUCUCUACGCAUCUUGCAAGAGGGCGUGCCCCGUCUCGGAGUCGAUCAUCUACCUCCCGAGAUCAAACCAAGCGUCCUACGGCCUGAUCAAUCGGCAAUCACAUUGAAUUCGACCGCACACGGACACUCCGGGGCAUCGCCUAGAGAUAAGUCCUACAUGAUGUCGAAAUUUCCAGAUUCGAAAAGUUCUGUUGUUGUUCUUGUAUGGUUUAAUCACCUCUUCGUUACAUCCACUUUCUGUGUCAUUGUGAGAGGAAGUACCAAUUGUAAUGUUUAUAUGAAGUUCUAUAUAAUGUGAUAUGAAUUAUCGACUUGAGACAA